GAGAGAGAGAGAGAGAGGAAGAGAAAAAGGCCUCACCACCAUCUUCUGCACGCUCUCGGAGGCUCUACUGAAGGUCAACGUCUGCAGAUCUAAGAUCUCAUGUUGACUCAGACUGUUAUUAAUCUACAGGGCGCAGCCAGGGAGCAGCUGUGUGUGUAAAGACUAAAACACUCUACAAUGAAGCGUCACAGUCCCACUAGUGGAGGAGGACCCUCCCACCCAAAGUUAAAGCGUGCAGGAUCUCCAGAACCCAGCUGUGUGUCUAUGAAGAGUGACCUCUCCAUGUUUGACCCUCCUACAUUGAGCAGAGGAAGAAAAGAGCUAAGCUGGGUGUCUAUGAAGAGUGACCAGUCCAUGCGUGAACCUCCUACAUUGAGCAGAGGAAGAAAAGAGCUCAGCUGGGUGUCUAUGAAGAGUGACCAGUCCAUGCGUGAACCUCCUACAUUGAGCAGAGGAAGAAAAGAGCUCAGCUGGGUGUCUAUGAAGAGUGACCAGUCCAUGCGUGAACCUCCUACAUUGAGCAGAGGAAGAAAAGAGCUCAGCUGGGUGUCUAUGAAGAGUGACCGGUCCAUGCGUGACCAUCCUACAUUCAGAAGAAGAAGAAAAGAGCUCAGCUGGGUGUCUAUGAAGAGUGACCGGUCCAUGCGUGACCAUCCUACAGUCAGAAGAAGAAGAAAAGAGCUCAGAUGGGUGUCUAUGAAGAGUGACCAGUCCAUGCGUGAACCUGCUACAUUGAGCAGAGGAAGAAAAGAGCUCAGAUGGGUGUCUAUGAAGAGUGACCGGUCCAUGCGUCACCAUCCUACAUUCAGAAGAAGAAGAAAAGAGCUCAGCUGUGUGUCUAUGAAGAGUGACCGGUCCAUGCGUGACCAUCCUACAGUCAGAAGAAGAAGAAAAGAGCUCAGAUGGGUGUCUAUGAAGAGUGACCAGUCCAUGCGUGAACCUGCUACAUUGAGCAGAGGAAGAAAAGAGCUCAGAUGGGUGUCUAUGAAGAGUGACCGGUCCAUGCGUCACCAUCCUACAUUCAGAAGAAGAAGAAAAGAGCUCAGCUGUGUGUCUAUGAAGAGUGACCGGUCCAUGCGUGACCAUCCUACAUUCAGCAGAGGAGGAGGAGAACCCCGCUCUGUGUCUGUGAAGAGUGACCGGUCCAUGUUUGACCCUCCUACAUUCAGCAGAGGAGGAGAACCCAGCUGUGUGUCUGUGAAGUGUAAUGGUGUCAUUGACAACCAUCCUCAUCUCAGCAGUGGAGCUGCGCCUUCUGGUCCAGGGCUGAACUGGACAGAAACAGCACUGCAAAUGGUGAGAACUGGACACCAGCAGCAGGAUUCUCACCUAGCCAGAAAUGACUUGCACAGAACCUUAGAACGACACAAAACCAGCAUGAAGAACAAGUAUGACAGCUUAUUUGAGGGAAUCAAAAGCGAAAAAAACAGAACUCUUCUGAACAGGGUUUACACUCAGCUCUACAUCAUAGAGGGAGAAAGUGUAGGAGUGAAUGAAGAACAUGAGGUUCUACAGAUGGAGAAAACACCCAGGAGACACUUACAAGACUCUCCAAUCAACUGCUUAGAUAUCUUUAAACCUUUACAAGCUCCUGGAGGAGAAACACAGGAAGAGAACAUUAGAGCUGUGGAGGCUGACAGUCUCAGACACAGAGAAAGAGAAGAAGAUCACAGACCAGAAGAGCAGAAGUUUAGAGCUGUUCUGACCAAAGGCAACGCUGGAAUUGGAAAAACUGUCUCCGUGCAGAAGUUCAUUCUGGACUGGGCUGAAGGAAAAGCCAAUCAGGAUGUAGAUUUCAUGUUUGUGCUUCCGUUCCGGGAGCUGAACCUGAUUAAAGAUGAUCAAUACAGUCUUCAUGGACUUCUGUGUGCCUUCCAUCCUGAGCUCAAACAUCUGGACCCAGAGAUUUAUGAUCAGAUCAAAGCUGUGUUUAUAUUUGAUGGACUGGAUGAAAGCAGAAUUCCACUGAACUUUGAACAGUGUGAGAAAGUAUCUGACAUCACAAUGACAUCAUCAGUGGGUGUGUUGAUGACCAACCUCAUCAAAGGAGAGCUGCUUCCUUCUGCUCUGAUCUGGAUCACCUCCCGACCAGCAGCAGCCAAUCAGAUCCCUCCUAAAUACAUUAACCGUGUGACAGAGAUUCAGGGAUUCAGUGACCCACAGAAGGAGGAGUACUUCAGAAAGAGGAUCAGUGAUGAAGACCAAGCCGAGAGAAUCAUCUCCCACAUUAAGACAGUGAGGAGCCUCCACAUCAUGUGCCACAUUCCAGUCUUCUGCUGGAUCUCAGCCACUGUUCUUCAGCAGAUCAUGAAACGGCGUCAUACAGAAGUUCCUAAAACUCUGACUGAGAUGUACUCACACUUCCUGAUCACUCAGACCAACAAGAAGAAUGAGAAGUAUGAGAAGAAAGACAAGAGAGACCCAAAGAACCUGCUGAAAUCCAACACAACCAUUCUUCUGAAACUGGCUAAACUGGCUUUCAAACAGCUGAUGAAGGGCAAUGUGAUGUUCUAUGAAGAGGACCUGAGAGAGAGCAGCAUUGAUGUCACUGAGGCCUCAGUGUAUUCUGGGAUUUUCACUGAGAUCUUCAGGGAGGAAUGUGUGCUUUACCAGAGGAAGGUCUACUGCUUUGUUCAUCUGAGCUUUCAGGAGUUCCUGGCUGCUGUUUAUGUGAUUCAUUGUUACGAGAACAAGAAAAAUGAGCUAUUAUGGCUUUUUAAACCACUAAACAGAAAGUGGUUGGUGAAUGUCCCACUGGAUGAGGUUCUGAAGGGAGCAGUGUAUAAAGCAGUAAAGAGUGAGAGUGGACGACUGGAUCUUUUCCUCCGUUUCCUGCUGGGCAUCUCAUUGGAGUCAAAUCAAAGACUCCUGCAGGGUCUGCUGACACCAACACAGAGCAGCACAGAGGAAACCAGAAAGUACAUCAAGAAAUUAAUCAAAGGAGAGCAGAAACAAUAUCAAAUCUCAACUAACAGAUCCAUCAAUCUCUUCCUCUGUCUGUCUGAGAUGAAUGACCAGUCUCUCUCCAGAGAGCUUCAGAAGUUUCUAAACUCAGAGAAACACUCAGAGGAGAAACUUUCUCCUGGACAGUGCUCAGCACUCGCCUGCAUGCUUCUGACCUCAGAGGAACUUCUGAACAAGUUGGACCCAAAGAAAUACAACACGUCAGAGGAGGGUUAUAGGAGACUUGUCCCGGCCGUGUCUGUCUGCAAAAAUGCUGUGCUAGCUGGCUGUAAUCUCAACAAGCAUUCAUGUGAAACCAUCAGCUCUGCUCUACAAGCAGCAAACUCCUCUCUGAAUGUUCUGGACCUCAGUAACAAUAACCUGCAGGAUUCAGGAGUGGAGUUGCUCUCUGCUGGACUGAAGAAUCCACACUGUAAACUGAAGAUACUCAGACUAGCUUUCUGUAAAUUUGGGGGGAAAGCUUGUGAAAGUCUGGGAUCAGGUCUACAGUCAGCAAACUCCUCUCUGAAUGUUCUGGACCUCAGUAACAAUGACCUGCAGGAUUCAGGAGUCAAGCUGCUCUCUGCUGGACUGAAGAGCUCACACUGUAAACUGAAGAUACUCAGAUUGUCUGGUUGUAUGGUUACAGGUGAAGGCUGUACUGCUCUGGCUUCAGCUCUGAAAUCAAACCCCUCCCACCUGAAAGAACUGGAUCUGACCUAUAAUUACCCAGGAGAGUCUGGAGUGAAGCUGCUCUCUGAUUUACUGGAAGAUCCACACUGCAGACUGAAGAAACUACAGGUGGAUCAUGGAGGGCUGGUCAGGAUCAAACCAGGACUAAAGAAAUAUACUGCUGAUCUCACUCUGGAUCCAAACACAGUGAACAGAAAUCUGGCUCUGUCUGAGAGGAGAAGAAAGGUGGAGUUUGUUGGAAAAGAUCAGCGUCAUCCAGAUCAUCCAGACAGAUUUGAACGCUAUGCUCAGGUUCUGAGUGCGGAGAGUCUGACUGGACGCUGUUACUGGGAGGCUGAGUGGAGCGAACAUGGAGCUGAUAUAUCAGUGUCAUACAGAGGAAUCAGGAGGAGGGGAGGCAUUGACACUAUGUUUGGGAAUAAUAAUCAGUCCUGGACUCUGAGCUGCUUUAGUAACAGAUACUCUGUCAGUCACAGUAAACAGAAAACUGACCUACCUGCCCACCUCUCCCCCUCUAACAGGGUAGGGGUGUAUCUGGACAGGGGGGCCGGCACUCUGUCCUUCUACACCAUCUCCCCUGACACACACACACUGACCCACCUACACACACUCACCACCACAUUCACCGAGCCGCUCUACGCUGGGAUUAGGAUUAAUUCUGGCUCAUUAUAUCUGUGCUAGAAUAACCUCUACAUGCUCUGGGUCCAGCAGUAGUGAGUAGCUACUGUGUGUGAGGGGGCAUCGGUUUAUGUGUGUAUGUAUGUUCAUUUGUGUGUAUUUCCUGAUUUUCCACACUGAUUAACAAAGGACAAGUGUGAGGAGUUCAACAGGAGUUCAAGUUCACACCCAUGCAGAUUUUUUACGAAACGUUUAUUAGGAUCUUACCACAGAAAGUGUAGAGAACGUAAAAUUAAAUUCUGUACAAUAUCUCGA